AGCCGAACUAUGAACUGCGUUUUCCGAAAUGCCGCGGGUUUAGCAGAGCGAUCAAAGCUCACCCAGCAUUAAAGGGCAUCGCUAAGGGAGUCAGGCAGCCAGGCUGAGCCUAAUGGCUGGAAACGGAUCGCUUGAUGUUGGGCGAGCGAGACGGGCGAGCAGGUGCUAAUGUCUCUUUCUCCCCUCAGACGGUCGAUGACGACGCGAUGGAGGCGUGAAUGUGGUUUGGCGUGGCGAGAGCUGUACGAUGCCCAGGGGUGGGGGUUCUAAAACCCCCCAGCGCGAGGACUUCCCACUCAGCACCGACAUGGUGGAAAAGCAGGGUGGGAAGAAGGACAAAGAUAAAGGCUCGUCAAACAAGACUCCUAAACUGGACCGCGGCGAUGGCGUCAAAGAGAUGAAAGAGAAAGCUCCUAAGAGGAAGCUGCCCUUUACAGUCGGAGCCAAUGGAGACCAGAAUAAUUCAGACUCAGAGAAGCAAGGUCCGGAGCGGAAACGCAUCAAAAAGGAGCCCACCAACACCAGGAAGCCAAGCCUGCCGUUCGGAAUGGGCAUGCCAGGGAUCCGGGCCGGGUACCCGCUGUCGGAGCGGCAGCAGGUGGCUCUUCUCAUGCAGAUGACAGCGGAGGAGUCAGUAAACAGUCCAGACACAACACCAAAGCAUCAGUCACAGUCGAAUCUGGGUCAGAAGGGAACGCCAAACUCGGCCUCAAAAACCAAAGACAAAGUAAACAAGCGGAACGAGAGGGGCGAGACGCGGCUGCACCGGGCGGCCAUCCGGGGCGAGGUGCGCCGCAUCAAGGAGCUCAUCAGCGAGGGAGCUGAUGUGAAUGUAAAAGACUUUGCAGGCUGGACUGCACUGCAUGAGGCGUGCAACAGAGGUUUUUAUGAAGUGGCCAAGCAGCUGCUGGCAGCAGGGGCCGAGGUCAACACCAAGGGUCUGGAUGAUGAUACGCCUCUACAUGAUGCCUCAAACAACGGUCACUUUAAAGUCGUAAAGUUGCUUUUGAGAUACGGAGGAGAUCCUUGUCAGAGCAACAGGAGAGGGGAGACGCCGCUGAAGGUCGCAAACUCUCCAACGAUGCUUAAUCUGUUGCUGGGAAAAGGCACGUACACCUCUAGUGAGAGCUCAUCAGAAUCUUCAGAGGAGGAAGACGCUCCGUCGUUCGCCCCAUCAAGCUCCAUCGACGGCAAUAACACAGACUCGGAGUUCGAAAAGGGCUUAAAGCUGAAGGGGAAGCCCCUGGACCCGCCCAAAUCCGUCACCACACCCGUAAAGGACGAAUACGAGUUCGACGAGGACGACGAGGAGGAGCGCGUCCCGCCCGUCGACGACAAGCACUUGCUGAAGAAAGACUUCCGGAAGGAUCCCGUCAGCAAGCCCAACAGCUUAAUUUCCGUCCCCAAGAUGGAGGUGAAAACCUACUCCAAAAGCAACUCGCUCACACCAAAGAAGUCUGCGCGGCGAAUACUGUCAGACAGCAACAGCUCGGACGAAGACGACCGGACGUUAUGUUUCACGCCCACACCCACACCCAGGCAACCGGCUGCUCAAAGCAACGCCAAGAGCAGAGACUCUUCCACGCUCUGCUCCAAGCAGCAGAAAGACAAAAGCAAAGUCAAGAAAAAGAGAAAGAAGGAGAUGAAAAAUAACAUCAGUAAGGAGGUGCGGUUUAACAAAGUCAACAACAAGUUCUGCACCUCGGACUCCGAGACGUGCGACGUGGAGAGCGAGGACGACAAGGCCUCCAUGCCGAGUUCGAACUGCGCGAAGGAUUCCGCGACUUUGAGCCUUAAAGAGUUCGGCUCGCUCUCCGUGUCGUCUUCGUUGUCUUCUCACGGGAGCUUGGGCUCUCAGAAGCAAACGCCUUCUCUGGCCGAGCAACACCCGAAGCAGUGGAGGACAGACGGCUGGAAGACUGUUUCAUCCCCGACUUGGUCUGAUAACAGUUCCCUGUCCGAUUCGGUCAGGACCAGGCUUUCCAGCGAGUCGGACUAUUCCUCUGCGGACUCGAGCGUGGAGUCUGUAAAGCAGGUAAAGAAGAAGGCGCAAGAGAAAAGGAAAAACAACACGCAUGCCAAAAACUCAGUUGAUGGAACUGCCUCGAAAACGGACAAAGACGGGAAAGUGUUAAAAAAACACAAAGUUAAACAUAAACACAAAAACAAGGAGAAAGAGAAGGUUCAAACUCUAGUCCUGAACCAAGACAUGAAUGAGAAGUUUGUCAAGAGCAUUUCCUUCGACUUCGAGGACUCUCGGCAAGAGUCACCUUCUGAAAAUAAAGUCAAACUCUCCAAGCAUGACAAAGAUCAUUUUAAGAAGGAAGAUAGGCUUUCAAAAAGCAAAACGGAAGACAAAGACUGGUCAGGCAAAGAAGUUCAGAGAGUUUCAAAAGAGGAAAAAUCCAAGAAACCAAAGGAAUCCACCAAGGACAGAGCGAGCAAAGAGGAGAAGGACAAACCUUUAAAAACUGAAAAGGAGAAAGGCUUGAAGCUCAAAGAGAAGCCGAAGGAGGAGAAACAAAAAAUCCACAAAGAGGAAAAAAAGAAAAAGUCCAAGGACAAAUCUCUGAAAGCAGAAAAGAGGAACGAGCAGAGAGAGGAGAAGCAUUUCAAGUCAGAGAAGGAAAAAACUGUGAGAGAUGAAAAGCCGAAGAAGGAUAAGAUCACUAAAGAAGAGCCAGACUAUGAAGACUACGACAUUAAAAAUCAUUUCAUAGAGGACGCCAAGAUGAGCGCGUCAGAUCAUGAAAACUGGCAGUCUGACCAUUCCUCGGACAGCUCUCUCUACGAAGACGACAGCUGGGAUUCUCCCAUCAAAGAAUACAGAGCGAACAACACCGUAAAGCUAAUAGUGGAGACGAUGAAAGAAGAAAAUCGGGACAGGAAGAAGGAAAACAAAGUCAAAGACAAGAAGUCAGAGCAUGGAGACAAGCGCUCGGAAAAAGAAGCUACAUCCAAGAAAAAAGAAAGGGAGUGCUCUGACAAAGGCAUGGAAAAGAAAAAAGACUGGACGGACAAACAGAAACUCAACUCCGGUCACUCGGAAAAGGAAAAGAAGCGAAAAGAAUCAGCUGACGGCGUGGUCAAGGAGAAGAAAGAAAAGGAGUCCGUUGACGUUAUUCGAGACAGAAAAGAUUCCUAUGACUUCACCAAGGAGCGAAAAGACUUCAAAAUAAAACAAGAAAGCUUAAGAGAUGACUAUGGGAACGAGACCUUCUUUAAAGACAAACUGGAGAACGAACCAACUCCUAAGUCAGAUCUCAGAGAGAGGAACCAUUCGGGAAAAGAAAAAGAGAAGAAAGGAGAUUGUGUUGAAAAGAAAGACAAGCUGAAAGGUGAAAAACACAAAGAUAAGCCUAAAGAUCGAAGUCUGGACCAGGAGAAACCUGAGAAAAUCUCGUCUGAGAGAUCUCUAAAAGAAAAAGACAUCGACCGGAGCUCUAAAGACAAGAAGGAAGGCGCUAAAGAUAAACACAAAGAUUCUUACGGCAAAGAGAAGGAGAGGAAGACCUCAUCUGAGCAGAGUAAAGACAAGAAAGAAAAAACAUCCCAGGACAAACAUGCAGAAAGAGAAAAGGACUUCCUCGAGGUUAAAAAGGAAGAAAAGAAACCUGAGAAGGUCCGGGAGAAAACAUGGUAUAAAAUUGAGGACAUUUUCACAGAUGAGAGCGAAGAUGAAAAUGACAACAUGAACAACUGGUUUGAUGAGUUAUUCCUGACCACACCUGACCGGGAUGACCCGGACGUCCCAACAGAUAAGCACAGGAAGUACUCCGGCGAGGUGAAACAACACUCCAUAGAAAAUAAAAAAGAAAAGGAACAUAAAGAGAAGAAGAAGGAGAAGACCAGCUUUGAAGCAGGAAAAGAAAGAAAAGGUUCCAUGGAAAAACACAAAGAUAAGAAAGACAAGGAGAUGACUGAUGUGAAACACAAGGACCGCAAAGACAGGGCGUCUGUGGACUCCAAUCAGGACAAGAAGAACCGACAGAAACCAACAGACAAGAGGGAGACCACUGAGGAGAAAAGCAAAAGCAAACAUAAGGACAAGCCAGACCACUUAAAAGAUCGAAAACCUUCCAAGGGGAGCGGCGAGAAUGAGAAAUCGUUGCUGGAGAAGCUGGAAGAGGAGGCCAUGAACGAUUACAAAGACGACUCCAACGAUAAGAACAGUGAGCUGUCAUCGGACAGUUUUACAGACCGGGGUCACGAACAAGUUCUGAACAACUUCUACGACUUCUCUAAUAUCCUGCCAGACACGUCAGAGGACAGAAGAGAUUCCCUGUCAAUUUCCAACCCACAGGACAAGUUUAGGGAGAAAGAGAGGCACAGGCAUUCUUCUUCAUCGUCGUCCAAAAAGAGUCAUGACAAGGACAAAGAGAAACUGAAAAAAGAAAGAGCGGACAAGAAGGACAAGUCAGAAGAGAUCAGGGAGUCGUUCGGCCGCAGAGAGAGCUUAUCAGUUGAAAAAGAGCCCAUGCCCCUGGAAGCCGACCAGUACACUUUUCCAUACGGUUCUAAGGGCGACGGAGAGGAUGACCUGGAUAAGACUCUGGAGUUUGAGAAGGAGAUGAGCAAAAAGGACAAGACAAACAGCAUCAUCACCAGUGACAAGUUCAAGGACAAAAAGAAAAAAGAGAGGCACAAGGAAAAGACCAGGGAAGAGAAACAUAAAUACUCAGACGGCCUCGGGUUCUUCAGACACGGUAAAGACGAUCAGAAGUUUGGGCUAAAAGAAAACCCUCAAGUCACCAGUCUGAAGGAAAAGACGAAAGAAGAUGGUGCCAAAUGUGACGGCAAAAACAAGGACAGAAACAGAGACAUACAAGACAAAGAUAAAAACGAAUAUAACAAAAUCAAAGAUCGACUCACUGACAGCGAAAAACUCAACCAGUCAAAAGACACAGCUCGCAAAGACGUCCGACCACGCGAGAAGCUUCUGGUUGACGGCGAUCUCAGACUAACAAGCUUCGAAAAAAUGCUGAGUUUAAAAGACCAGGAAAACGAAGAGCGCCACAAGAGACACAAGGAAAGGAUGAAGCAGAUGGAAAAGCUGAGGCAUAAAUCAGGAGACCCGAAGCUUAAAGACAAAACCAAAUCGAACGCAGAUAUCAAAAAGAACAGCGCCGAUCUGUCAUCCAAGAAAUCCAGCAUGUUAGAAUCCGCCCUCAAAGAAAAGAAGCUCAAAGAUGUUAGUCUUCCAUCCCAGAUCAUGUCUCCUGAUCGUAAAUCCCAGCCCAUGGACAGCCAGAACUCUAAAGACUGGCUGACAGGUCAUCAGAUGAAAGAAAAUCUCCCGGCGUCACCAAGGCCCGACCAGAACAGGCCGACUGGGGUGCCCACUCCUACGUCGGUUAUUUCGUGCCAGAGCUAUGACGAAGUCAUGCAGACUCCCCGCACGCCAUCUUGCAGUGCAGAGGACUACCCAGAUAUCAUGUUUGAUGACUGCCAAAACUCGUCGUUGACGAUGUCCAUGAAUGCCUGCUCGCCAUCGUUCUUUGAUAGAUACUCCUCCCAGAACUCAUCCCAUAGCUUUCCUGAAGGAACCUGCAUCACGCCAGCCAAGAACAUGCAGUUACCCCUCGAGAGUCGGUCGGUCAGCUCAGAUGUAAGACGACCUCUGGACGAGGAGUUCAAGGCGGAAGCCAACAAGUUCCUCAGGCAGCAGAAUGCACCUUCAGCUCCGGAGUUCGAGUCCUCAAACUCGCACCUUCAUGAGGACAAAAUGGACAGGCUCGAUUGCCUCCCCUCUCCAUACCUCUCGCCCCGCAAUGGCAUGCUGUCUCCCAGACUUGAUCCUACACAGUCUGUACCAGAUAGAACCUCUGCAGCCAAUUCCAUCAACGAACUCCCCCCUGAGAGCAUGGACAACUAUCUCAUGAAGCCCUCAACUCCAGUCCACAGACCUGACCCGCAGGAGCCGUGCCUGGACAUAGCUGCCCCUCCGACACCGGCUCCUGCAGCUUUGCCUCCGAUGGAUAUUGAUGACCUAUCUGAACCCCAUCAGAGCGAGCCCAGCUUGUUGCCUUCUGAUCCAGUGAGCGGCAGCGAAUAUUUACCUCCUCUUGUGGAGGAGCGAGAUGAAGACGAUGAGAACGAUGAAGAAGAGGAGGAGGAGGACGAUGACGAUGACGAAGAGGAAGAUAAUCCACAGGAUGCAGCUGAAACUAAAAUGGCUACCGAUCAGGUCAUGCAGUCCGCAGAAGAUCCCACGUAUUCUUUCGGGAAUGUUAUAAAGCCCUGGCCCGAAUCUCCAGACCACAGAGAAGCUGAGAUGCUUCCACUGACACCCUCUCAUCCUCAUGAUAACGUUAUGGAAAACUCUUGUGAUCAGGCAAUAGAGUGGAACUCAGAAGGUAUGAAGUCACCACAUGAAAGCUAUGGUGAAGUUGAAGCUGCCGUUUCAAAGAUAAGCAGUCCAUAUUCACACUCGGAUUGUGAACUUCCACCUCUUCCUCCAGCGGUAUCUGUCCAUCAGUCAAUGACGCCUCCUUAUUCCACGUAUUCCAGGUCAUACUGUUCCUCAGAACCUCAUUACGAGGUCGAAAAAGACGACGUGGAAUAUAUUUCCUCGCCACCAAGACCCGAAGCAGAGCCAGAAGAAUCAGAGUCAAGCUUUAUUCCACCUUCCUCGACAUUACUAGAAACUUUCACAGAUAUAAAGCCACACGACGACGAGAACCAAAUGGACGUCGAGCCGUUAUGUGAAACCGAGGAAAACAAGGUGGAAUCUCUUAAUUAUGCCCCUGAGAGCAACAUUGCACAGUCAGUAAGCCAUGACUCUCGCUGGGCUGACCCCUUCUCUGCUGAAGUUGACGAACUCGAUGACCUGGGUCCUUUCUCUUUGCCAGAACUUCCUUUCCCAGAAAAAGAGAUACAGGAGCCUGAAAUUGCAGCCCCGGACAUGGCGGAGACCAAACAUCCUCCCCCACAAACAAGAGAAACGGCAAUGGAAACCAGCAAAGAGCUAGAGGUCCUAGAUGUUGCCUUUCCAAGUUUGACUAAAGCCCCAUGUUCUCCUCCGGUUGUUCCUCUUUGUGAGCCUGCUCAGGAUAUGGAACCACCUGCUCCCGAAGAGUGCUACAUACCCAAUCAUGAGCAUAAACCAGAGCUCGAAAACAUCCAGGAAGUUCCAACCUUAACGGAAGCAAUUCAGAAAGAAGUUGGCACGUUUGUUGCCCGGGAUGAGGGUGAUGGGAACAUGUAUUCAACUACGGAUGAAGAGAAUGGCCAGAAAUAUCAACAGAAAGAUCUAUCCACAGAUGCCUUGUCACCAGUUUUAGUAGCGCCAUUUUUGGACCCAGUGACACCCUUGAAAAUUGAUCAGAUUGCACCAAACCCGGUGGUAGCCUUGGGUCCCUCAUGCAAUUCUUGCUUGUCAGCACCAGUAUUAAGUGUCAUAUCAACUAUUACCACCCAAAUAUCAGAGGCCCUGGAUACAACAAUCAAACCCCCAGUUGUCACAACACCCGUGACUCCCAAAAAGGUUGAAGAGGUAUCCCAGCGGAUAACUCGCAAUCGAGCUCAGAUGCUGGCCAACCAGAGUAAACAGAGCGCAUCCACGGCGGCUUCCUCUGUCUUAACCACAAGCAUCAUCACUAUCGCUUCGUCCUCAGGAGAGAAGGAAAAAGAGACCAUCAGCACCAUCUCUCUGCAGGCUACGACCCAAGCGCCACCUUCUCUGGUCACCAAAGCCAAAGGCCGCGCCGUCGAGGAAGACGAUGGCCAGUCGCAGCAUCCGCGCAAACGGAAGUUUCAGAAAUCGGGCCAGCAGCCGGUCCAAGUACAGCUCGUCAACACGGCCAUGCAGCAGACACGGGAGAUGAUUCAGCAGACGCUGGCGGUCAUAGUGAACGCGAUCAAGCUGGAUGACAUCGAGCCCUACCAUAGCGACAGGUCCAACCCUUAUUUCGAGUACCUGCAGAUUCGGAAAAAGAUCGAAGAGAAGCGGAAGAUUCUGUGUUACAUAACUCCUCAAGCUCCACAGUGCUACGCGGAAUAUGUGACGUACACCGGCUCCUACCUUCUUGAUGGCAAACCGCUGAGCAAACUGCAUAUUCCGGUGAUCGCUCCACCUCCAUCACUGUCCGAGCCUUUGAAAGAACUCUUCAGGCAGCAGGAAGCAGUGAGGGGGAAACUGCGACUCCAGCACAGCAUUGAACGGGAAAAGCUGAUCGUGUCAUGUGAACAAGAGGUCCUGCGAGUUCACUGCAGAGCGGCGAGGACUAUCGCUAAUCAGGCUGUUCCGUUCAGUGCCUGCACCAUGCUGCUGGAUUCCGAGGUGUAUAACAUGCCAUCAGAGAGCCAGGGGGAUGAAAACAAGUCUGUAAGAGAUCGCUUUAACGCUCGUCAGUUUAUCUCCUGGAUUCAAGACGUGGAUGAUAAAUAUGACCGCAUGAAGACGUGUCUGCUCAUGCGGCAGCAGCACGAGGCCGCAGCCCUGAACGCGGUGCAGAGGAUGGAGUGGCAACUCAAAGUGCAGGAGCUGGACCCUGCCGGACACAAAUCUCUCUGCGUCAACGAGGUCCCAUCCUUCUACGUGCCAAUGGUCGACGUCAACGACGACUUCGUACUGUUGCCCGCGUGACACGAAGACGCCUGGGCGCCCGGAGCACGGUCCUCCAAUCCUCCGUUUUCAAAGAGACCUCAGACAGCGAGUUCGGUAAAGGGCUAGCCGUUUCCAAGAGAAGCUUUUCUUUGAGAAGAUUAUAUAAGCAUAUAUCAUACAGGAGGUAAAAGAAAAAAACCAAACUGUCGCCUUCUGUCCAAAGAAGGAGCGAAUUUUACCUGGGGGAAAACACACGACUUGCACUUUCAUCCUUCUUAUGCUUUCGUUUGGAAUUUAAGAAGCAACACGGUUUUACUUUGAAGCUUAUCCACCCCUCCCUGCUGGUUGAUUCGGGUGAGAAGAGACGGGGAUUCCGAAAUUGAUUUUCUUUACUUUUUAUCCCCUGCGACUAAAUUCCAAAAAAAAAAAGCCGGGCUUCUCCCGUGCUCCUCACCCUACAACAUCAGGGACGGCCCGCUGGAGGCGGUGAACAGAACCCGGCCCGAGGGGCGGCCGUCUUUUAGACGUGAGGCGCGAGAUCGCUCCGCCGAUCGCUCGAACGUCCACGGCUACGGCAUGUAAGCGUGCUGUCAGACUCUGAUCUCGCGCAGAGGAGAGCAGAAUGCCCGCAGCGCCCCGUGACGGGGCGGUGUUGCCGGCGAGCCUCAGCGCCAGAGUGAGGACUAGCAUCCUCAGAAAUAACAGAGGAUAACAGAGUACCUGAUCGAGCACGCAGGAUCCUACUUUCUCUGUGCAACAAGCCAGAACGGAGACAAGAGGACGAGAAUUCAGGAAGGCAGUGUUUGCAGAGACUUGGUUUUAAAGCCGAUUUUGUUUUGUUUUGUUUUGUUUUCUUUACUCGGGCAUUUCAUUGUUCCCUUUCUGCGAACAUGACUUGAAACACUACAGAGCCAAUGUUAGUUUAAUGGAGAAAAAAUACAAACAAAAAAACAAAAACAAAAAUUGUAUCCCGUAAAUGAUGUACAGUUUUUAUAUUCGUUAACCGAUGUAUUCUCGCUGCCUUCUAGAUAAUUUAUUUUGCCACCCAUUACUGCACAGUUGUAAAUAACUUAUGUACUGUAACAUCACACAGUUAUGUGUAAAAAAUAAAUGAAUAAAAAUAAUCUUUGUAUGUACAGUUCACUUUUGGGCAGCCUUUCCCCCAUCCCUUACCCUCGGGCCAAAAUGUAUACACAUUGUCAGUAUUUUAAGGACCUGCGUGUAUAUGUGUGUACGGGUUCUUGAGGUUCUGUCCCAGGUCGGUCAGAGUGUGCGUCCCAUCCCGGACCACCUCCACCUGUAUUGAUCCAUUAUUGCGUAAUCCCUCAGAAUGAAAGAGUCAGGGCUGUGAGUGUAGUUCUCAGAUGUAGCAGAGCGAAUAUGGAAUUAUUUAAAUAAUAGUAGAGGUCUAUUAUUCAUCGCUUUAAUACACAAGUAUGUAACUUUGGUAAAAAGAAAAGGAAAAAAAAAAGAAAACCAAGAAAAUGCCUUUCUAAACUCACCGUUUUCUUUUCAAGCCGGACACGUUAUGUUUGAUCAUCAGCAGCACAUGAGCCGAUAUAACCUGAUAUUAACCUGACCCCGCAUCUGUAGUUAUUAGCCGUCUGUCUCCCCGAGUUUUUCCUUCAUGUUUAUCAUGGACACGUUUUCUUUUCUGCACAAAUCACAAAUAGCUGGUUGUCAAAUUCAGGAUGGUGGUGUUUCCGGAUCAUGUGAUUUCUGAAGAUUACUGAUUAGCAUAGCUUUUCUCUUCCUUUAUUAUUUUAUUUCUUUCUUUCUUUUUUUUGUCCAGUGAGAUAAAUAAAAUAUAAAAUAACAUAUUAAUCAACAAGACACUCAAUUUUUUUUUGUAUUUGUGGGCUCUUGGAUUGUUUCCAUAGUUACAGUCUUCACAGAUCCCUCACAUCGUAUGUAGUGAUUUUUCUUUCUCCGUUUUAUCCUCAAAGCACAAAUCUCACCACCUAAACAGCUGCGUGUAGUGCACACGUUUUAAAUCCGGGUUUAUAACAAGGCUCUUUAAUAUUUCUAUUACAGUUACUAGUAUUGCCUUUUAAUUUUUAUUCCCCUCAAAAUCUCUCUUUUAAGAUCCGUAUCUAUAUUUUUAUUUUUAUGUUUUAUCACUUAUAGCUGCCUGUAUUCAGCUUGAGGUUGUGUAACGUAUGCCGUUUGCCCACCAGGCUUGUGUUUGUUUGGGUUUUCCCAUGUUUUAUUGUGUGUGUGCAUCAUGUGACCCUGUUUACACCUGGAUGUUUUAUGCAUCGGGUAUCCAGAUUGUAUCCGACGCUGCCUGCGUAAAUUCGAAUCUGAUUCCUUAAAUGACUUCAGAGAUUGAAAUUUAGAUAAAAUCUCGCCGCGUUUGACAACAGGGUGUCUAUGUUCCACCUCCCAGUAGGUAGGGCGUCCUUAUGUCUGAAUGAGUGAGGAAAUGAGUGUGUAGUGCUCUAAGUUCCUAGGUGUGUAUAAAUAACUGACUGUAAGAUGUCCUAAGUGUUCAUGAAUAAGUAAGUAGGUGUGUAAUGCGUGUAAUGCCAAUAAGUGAAAGAGUGAGUGUGUGAUGUGAUGCUGGGGAUCCUUAGAUGUGAAUGAGUGAAUGACUGCACUAACACAUUACAGGUUGUUUCACACUAACCUAUUUACUUUCUAUUUGCACCUAGGGACAGAUUAGAAUAGCCAAUCCACCUACUGGCACCCCAGUUUUUCCAAUUAGGUUCCUACGCAGGAUUAAACAGUAAGUAAUGAUGUAUGAUUGAUAAAAGAAACACAUCCAGACUGCCAGUGUGGACGCCUUCAUAAUGACACCAUACUGCACUCAGAUUUCGAUUGGCUAGCUAGAUAUAGUGGUAGGAUACGAUGUGGAUACCAAUUUUGCUGAUGUAAACGGGCUCCAGGUUGUCACACGUUGCAGUUUUGUGCCGGGUGCUAUUAUUCUUUCAAUAGGUUCUGUUUAAAUUGUAUCGUUAAAUUGAUCCCUUGUGUUUUCAUCGCCGCAAAAACAGCAAACCAAAAGUAAAUUGGUCGGUCGAAGUGGUUAUUCCAGUGCAACCCAAUCCUCAAACGGUGGUUUUAAAAACAGAAUGUAUCCCAUUACGUCUUUGCAAUCUCGCUAUUGUUUACAGAAGCAUCAUCGUGUUGUGUCGAAAUUGUUGAAGCUCUUUGUUACUUUUGAUUUCUUUGCCGUUCUUGAUUCUUUUAACGGAGGCUUGAAAUUGUGAUGCUUUUAUGUAGCAGUUUUACAUGGUGGUCAUCCAAACCUCUGAGAACCUCUUUCAUAGACAGUACCAAUUUUCGGACUGGAUUUAAUUUCUCCCAUCUGACCUCUAAACACAUUAUUACCUCUGUGAUUUGUCUGGUGGCACUUUUUCUUUUUACACAAUGUCCGGUCACAAUUUCAAGCCUCUUCUAUAUUUUUUUAUCCUUACAUGCAUUGAUCAGACAAUAAAUGUUUCUGGAAAUGGAAAUUGAUCCAUAAAGCGUGUAGAUCUAUUCUUUAAAUGGUGAAAAAUAACCUAUUUAUUAUCCUUUCUGACACCUGUGGUAUGUUCGAGUUGGAGAUCUUGGCUGUGUAAAUUUUCCUCUUGUAGUCAGUAAAGAAAAGAGACAUUGUACAUAAAGCUGUAUAUAAUAAUUGCCCAGGACCUUUUGCACCCUCCUCUUUGUACUAGUCAGAUCUUGCGUAGAAAUGUGGGGUUCUAACAGCGACGAGAUGCUGCGGGUGAUGUAACAAAAGUCACUUUGGUUUCCUUUCAUUUAAAUUUUGUUUUGUUCUUUUUUUUUUUUCCUUCUUUUGUACAAUGUAGUUGAAUUGUGUACAUAUUGUUGGAGCAGCUAUGGGAGGGAAGGGUGUGUUGAUGCUAUCGUCAGUGCUGUCAGAGACCCAGUCAGUACUUUCUCCUCUAGCUGUCGAUAUCCUGCAAUUCAAACGCGAGAAAUUACAAAAUAAUAAAAAAAAUUAAUGGAGUAAAAAAUUAAAGUUGUUAUUUUCUACAGUUGCAUGUACAGAGAGCGCGAGAACUGCUGUUGUUCCUCAGAGAUUAUGUUCGUAAAUAAAUUUUUGAAAUAUGA